AUGGCGGGGACGAAGAUAAAGCCCUCUGCGAAGUCGCAGGGAAAGGACAUCCGAGGGUUCUUUGCUGGUGGCGGAGGAGGCAGCAAGUCGGCUGGUAGUUCGAUGUCCACGCAACGCUCGAAUGGCUCUCUCAAACCCAGCGGCUCUACCAAGCCCGAUGUCAUUGAGAUCAUGAGUGAUGAAGAUCAUGUCGAGUCAGGCAGCAAACAUUUCCAUCCUAAGGCCACGCCCCGGUCAACUCAGCCGAAGAGCGAGCGGGUAAUGGAUGAGGACGACACACCCAGCCCAGCUCCUACUCUCAAACGCAAGAAAACACUCAUAGUAUCGAGCGAUGAAGAGGACGAGGAAGCCGAGAAGGCCUCCCCGCCGAAGAAGAAGGCUGCUGUGGCUGCAUCCUCUUCGAAGGCGGCGAGCUCCAGCACCUCAGCGUCGAAGCCUACGCCAAAAGCCAAAGAGCCAGCUCCACGCCGAACCAGUACCCCCGCCAAGAAGCGAAAGCAAGACGACGACUUCAUUGCAUCAAGCUCCGAAGAGGAGGUGCAUGAUGAUUACCAAGACAAUGAGGACGAAGACCUACCGAAGAAAGGCAAGGCCAAGAGUAAAGCGGCCCCGCAGAAGGCGCCCUCGAAGAAGGCCGUCCCCGCGAAGAAGGGCGCGUCAGCCAAAGCUCCAGCCGAGAAAGCGACGGGCACCAAAGGUAAAGCGGCUGCUAAGGAAGAGACCGUGGACGCCGACGAGGAUAAGCCAAAGCCUAAGUUCAACUGGGCGGCAGCCAAAGCCGCCAAAGCCGCCGGCCCUAUGGCCCCGGGCUCGAAGCCCUUACCGACCCCAGCAGCGCCGGAUUGUCUGGCGGGCUUGUCAUUUGUGUUCACUGGCGAGCUAACAAGCCUUUCGCGAGAUGAGGCCGUCGAGCUUGCGAAGCGUAAUGGCGGUCGAAUAACGGGUCAGCCUUCGUCGAAGACUUCCUAUGUUGUAGUCGGAUCAGAUGCAGGGCCCAGCAAACUCGCUGCAAUCAAGAAGAAUAACCUGAAGACGCUCGAUGAGGACGGCUUCCUCAACUUGAUUGCUACUCGGGUGCCCGACAUGAGCAGCUUAGACGACAAGACAAAGAAGAAGCUCGAGAAGGAUAGGGAAGCCAUCCGGACUGCCGCGGCAGAGAUGGAGAAGCGGGAGAAGAAGGCUGCGAAGGCGAGCGCGGCUAGUGGCAGCACGUCCAAGACCGCCGCGGAGAACAAGCUCUGGACAGACCGGUAUGCUCCUCAAACGUUGAAGGAGGUAUGCGGCAACAAGGGCCAGGUCGAGAAGCUGCAACGCUGGCUACAUGACUGGUCGUCAAGUCUGAAGUCUGGUUUCAAGAAACCGGGCAAGGAUGGCAUGAACGUCUUUCGGGCAGUACUGAUCACAGGCUCGCCGGGCAUCGGUAAGACUACGAGUGCCCACUUGUGUGCCAAACUUGAGGGAUUCACUCCCAUUGAGUUGAAUGCAAGUGACGCGCGGAGUAAGAAGCUCGUAGAGAACAGCACGAACAUUGCCAACACGUCACUAGACGGAUGGAUGGGGGGUGGACAGACGACAAAUGCAGCUGGCGUUACUAUCACCGAGAAGUCCUGUCUUAUCAUGGACGAAGUGGACGGUAUGUCUGCUGGUGACCGAGGAGGCGUUGGUGCCCUGGCUGCUUUGAUCAGGAAGGCGAAGAUUCCGAUCAUCUGCAUCGCGAACGACAGGGGCGCUCCAAAAUUGAAGCCUUUGGCGACCGUUGCCUACAAUCUGACCUUCAGAAAGCCAGAGGUCGCAUCCGUCCGCUCUAGGAUACUGUCCAUUGCUUUCAAGGAGAAGAUGAAGAUCCCAGCUAACGUUAUCGACCAGCUCAUCGAGGGUGCACAGUCGGACAUUCGGCAGGUCUUGAACAUGCUCUCGACGUGGAGGUUGCAGGCAGAUACCAUGGACUUUGACGAAGGGAAGGCACUCGUCAAGAUGAAUGAGAAGUAUGCGAUCAUGACGCCGUUCAACAUCAUCCAGAAGAUGCUCGGACCGUAUAUGUUCUCUUCAACUUCAAGAGAAACUCUGAAUGACAAGAUGGAGCUCUACUUCCAUGAUCACUCAUUUGUUCCUCUGUUCAUCCAGGAAAACUACUUGAAGACCCAGCCGGCAAGAGUGAAGAACCUGGAUGGACCGGAGAAGGCUCUGAAGCAGCUGGAACUCUUGGACAAGGCUGCUGCGUCCAUAUCAGACGGCGAUCUGGUCGACUCACUGAUACACGGGCCGGAGCAACACUGGUCUCUGAUGCCAUUACACGCUGUCUGCUCGACCGUACGCCCAGCGUCUUUCCUCUACGGUAUGGGCGUAGCAUACGGAGGGCCGAAUGCUAUGUCAUUCCCACAAUGGCUUGGGCAAAACUCGAAGCAGAACAAGCUUACGCGACAGCUGACCGAAGUUCAGGCCCGCAUGCGAUUGCACGUCUCCGGAGACAAGGCGGAGAUCCGGCAGUCUUACAUCCCGGCGAUGUUCCCGUACAUCGUGAAACCUCUGGUGGACGAGGGUGCAAGUGCAGUCGACGAAGUGAUUGAGCGGAUGGACGACUACUUCAUCUCUCGAGAGGAUUGGGAUACGAUCGUGGAGCUCGGAGUUGACCAGAAUAAGGAUGAUUUCGUGCUGAAGAAGAUAUCAACAGCCACCAAGACGUCCUUCACCAGAAAGUACAACGCGAGAGAUCAUCCAAUCCCCUUCCACAAGGCCGCAGACAUGGGCAAGGCGCCCAGGCAGCUCGCGGCAGCGGGACCCAUUCCCGAUCUAGAAGAGGCCCUCGAUGUCGACGAAGUGGAGGAUGCGGCUGACGAAGUUGAAGACGCAUCGGACGACGACGUCUCAAAGGACAAGCUCAUCAAGGCACCCAAGAAAGCUGCAGCGAAGUCGGCAACGGCGAAGGGAACGACGAAGGGAACAGCAAAGGGAACGGCGAAGGGAAAGGCGAAGGCCAAGAAGUAG